UUAUUCAAUUUGGCUUUGUCACACUCUUCGUUGCCUCCUUCCCUCUGGCACCUCUCUUUGCUCUUCUGAACAACAUCAUAGAAGUCCGGCUUGAUGCAAAAAAAUUUGUUACUGAACUGAGGAGGCCAGACACAGUAAGAGCAAAAGAUAUAGGAAUUUGGUAUAACAUUUUGAGUUGUAUUGGAAAGCUUUCAGUUAUCAUUAAUGCUUUUGUAAUUGCUGUCACCUCUGAUUUCAUUCCACGCCUUAUGUAUCAAUACGCAUAUAGUCAAAAUGGAACCAUGCAUGGCUUCAUCAAUCACACGCUCUCAUACUUCAAUGUCAGUCAUCUCAAGGCUGGAACACAGCCAGAAAACUCCCUGUUUGCACAGGAUGUUUUAUUCUGCAGGUUCAAAGACUACAGAGAACCACCUUGGUCUCAUAAUCAGUAUGAGUUUUCUAAACAGUACUGGGCAGUCUUAUCUGCUCGCUUGGCUUUUGUUAUUCUGUUUCAGAACUUGGUGAUGUUCCUCAGUGUUCUGGUUGACUGGAUGAUUCCUGACAUCCCCAAGGACAUCAGUGUACAGAUCAAAAAGGAGAAGAGCAUACUUGUUGACUUCUUCCUGAAGGAAGAGCAUGAAAAACUGAAGCUGAUUGAAAGCUUUAUCAUACGUGACAAGCAGAAACACAAAAGUGGGACCAAAGGUGAAAAGAUCCGGGCUGCCAGCUUCUGUCAGUUUAACCGAAGUCAGAAAGGCAGCUUUACAUCCUUCAGCUCACAGCACACAGAAGUGUGA